AUGGACGGUCUGACACCUUCUCAGCUGCAAGCACUGAAUCAGCUCCGUGACCUUACGAAUGGCGGUGAUGACGAUGUUGCAAUUGGGGUGCUUUCUAGUGUGGAAUGGGAUGUCCAGCGAGCGGCAGACAUGAUAUUUGGAACUGGCUCUGGCUCUGGCUCUCUUCCUCCAAGACGUGUGGAGCAGUUCGAAGUGGACGACUCACAGCAAGGUGUAGAUGAUGAUAACAACUGGCCUCAGCGGACAACUUUCACUUCCAACCCCCGGCCCUCCAUCCUAGCCACCCUCUUCACGUACCCACUCCACGUUCUCUCCUCCAUAUUUCGAUUCGUCUUCUCCGUGCUCCGGAUACCCAUCCCGCACAUCCCGUUCCUGUCUCUGCACUUUUACCGGCCACUGAGGAUGUCGAGGGGCGCAGAUAGCUGGAUCCGCGAUCUGGAGGAGGAGACGGGGGCCGUGUGUAUCGGGCGAAGGGGUAUGGGUGUUGGUGUGGCUUCGGGUGUCGUGGGUGUUGCUGGGCCUUCCACGUUGAUGCGGCCGGGCCGUGGGGAGAGCUCGGAUGAUGGGCGCAAGUACCUCCCUGAUUUUUCGUUGGGGACGUAUGAGGAUACGCUGAGGAGGUGUCAGAAGGAGGCUAGGAUUGGGUGUAUCGUUUUGGUCAGUGAGGAGCAUGAUGAUGAUGCCGAGUUUAAGAGGUUCCGUUAUUGUCCCCUUUCGACGACUCUGACGGAUCCAGAUUUUGUCAACUUGCUCACGAAUAAUGAUUUCAUCGUGUGGGGCGGGGACGUGCGUGAUCUCGAGGCGUACUCUGCCUCGGAGAAACUGCAGGCGUCUACGUAUCCGUUUGUUGCUUUUGUUGCGAUACAGCCGACGCGGCACUUGCAGUCGUCUUCGCCGCCUCCUACGCUUACGAUACUUUCCCGCCAUCAAGGCCUUCGCGAGACCACCGCGUCGAAGCUGCUUAACCAUCUCCAGGACAACGUUAUCCCGCGUGUGCAGCCUUAUAUGGAGCGUGUCCGGAACUCCCAGCGCGCUUUGGAAAGGGAUAGGACGUUGCGCCAGCAGCAGGACCAGGCGUUUGCAGAUACGGCGCGGAGGGACAAGGAGCGCAUCUUUGCCAAGAUGGCAGAGGAGAGGAGAGCUCAGGAAGAGGCUGCGAGGGUCCAGAGAGAGGCUGAGCAGAGGAAGAAGACCGAGUCGGAGCGCAUGGUUUGGCGGCGCUGGGCCAGGUCUGCCCUUCUGAGACCUGAGAAUCCGUCGGAUAGGCUUAGAAUUGCGGUGAGGCUGCCUGAGGGCAGGAGGCUUAUGCGCCGCUUUGGGCCGGCGGACACGUUGACGGCGCUCUAUGCAUUUGUGGAUACCGAGUUUAUCCCAGCCCGGUUUGCUAUACAGGAUGACCCGCCGAGUCCAUCCGAGCCUGGAGAUGUUGAGGCUAGGAUUGACGAAAUGGGAGGUCAGGCGGAUUGGUGGGGCUUUACCCUACAUUCGGCAUAUCCUAGAGUGGAGGUACCUUGGGAGCCCAGGAAGAGGCUGGGAGAUGUUGCCUGUUUGAAGGACGGUGGUGGGCAGUUGAUCGUUGAGGUUGCUGGUAAUAAUAAGAGGAUGGAGAAGGUGGAUGAUGGGUACGAUACUGAGGACAGCGAUGAUUAGAGUGGAAUAAACCAUGUUUUAUUGUUUGAAACGAAUGUAUGUCUUUAAACUAAGAAAGAAGCCACAAGGCGACGUUCAACU